UCCGCUUUCACUCCGCUUCGCGCUCCUUCAGAGCACGGCCUGGGCGAGCAAGCUCCACUCAUUCAGUUGCCCUGCCUGGCUGGUACGCACGCUGGGCACUGCUGCUCCGUAGCAAUAGGUUCCGCACGCGUGCGCGUGUACGGCUGCGCCGUUUUGUGCCAAACGGACUGCCCCGAAGGAGCUUCUGUGGGAGGUUACUUUGCUCACUUUGCCUGAUUGCGGGCGUGUGCCAAAUUUUUGAUAUUGUGCUUCGCUCGGCUGAUUGGUGCGCGAUGUGGCAGAUGCCAACGGUGAUGACGUGCUGCUAGACUGGACAGUGAGGAUGGAGUGCGCGCGUGAACUCGGCAGCUCGGAUGAAGAAGCUUGACGACUGUGGAGGUGAAAGUGGAGUUGAUAAUGACACCCCGUGUGAAUUAAAUUCAACUUCAAAUUUGUAAAUGAGAGGGAACGAUCAGACGUAAACUGAAAUCGUAAAAUGGUUAAAUAACGUUUUCCUAAUCCCGGCCACUCGAGUGCCCCACGUGUAUAAUCGCAUUAAAUAUAACUUCAUUGUUUAGCGUCCCGUAAGUGUACACCCCAGCUCAUUACCCAUUCUUACUCUCAGGUGUUACGGUGCAAUCAUUCAGUGCUUUGAGGUGUGCUGUUUGCGACGACGCGAACUGUGAUUUCCGAGAGUCAUUCUUCGCGAGCUAUACUGACGUAAGUCUUCUGGACUGCCUGAUUUGGGAUACCCUAAGGCUGAGAGAAAGGGAGAAGAUAUUUCCUCCAUCACUCAUUGGGUAUCGCUUCCGAGCUGCCAACUGUGGAAUUCGCGAGUAGGGCCCGUGGCACUCGUCACCUGUCACCAUCUUCCUCGACGUGCUUGUGCGUCUCCCGUCGGCUAUUGUUUUUCUUCGCUCUAGUGGUUGUAUGUGCUUGUGACGUCUGCCUGGGAGCUCAAGUGUGCAUUGUUGUGGCGUAACUUGGUGCGGCUGUACAUAGGAAAUCUUGUGUUGCAUCCGGAAGUUGUGUGACUUUUAAGGAUUUACCCCAAUCAUUUCAGGAACAUUCCAUUGUCUGAUGGACUCUUAACGCGACUUUCCCAAGCCAACGUCAUUCUUCAUAACUCUCGGUGUCACAAUGGCCUGACCUCUACUGCUGCUGUGAUACGACGACCAGUUUUACGAAAACACCGAGCAGCAAGGCCGUAAAGCUGCUGGACACUCCUCUUGGGGAAGAUAAAGAGGCUGCGCGGCCCAUUGAUAUCGGGAUGCUUCCCUCCAAUCUCAACCGUGGAGUUCCUAUCCUCGUAAAAACUGUAUGACGUCAUGCAGGCUACGACUAACAAAAAGGUUCCGUCACAGGAAUGGCUUGAUGCUGCCUUCAUCUAAAAACUCCUAGCAACUAGCGAAGCCGACCAUCGAGACUAAGUGAGAUAGCGCGAACCGCGAGAGAGAUCCACGCCCAAGAUGCUUGGCUUCGCCUGUAUUGCGUUUCUGCUGCCCGUCUGUAUCUCAGCGACCCCUCAAGUAUCCGCAGCAGUGGGCGGGAAGGCGUUUCUUCCCUGCAACACCUCUAUCCCCGUAGGCGGAGACGGCGUGUCGCUCAUCCUCUGGUACCACGGUGACUACGGGAUUCCUAUCUACAGCCUGGAUGCCCGGGACCAGCCCAUCAGCAAGGCCCGCCACUUUCCUGGCCAGGACCUGGGCAUGCGGGCCUACUUCGACGUCACCGCGGUGCCUCCCGUGCUCCGCAUCGACCCAGUGCUCGAGAGCGACGCCGGGGAGUACCGUUGCCGGGUCGAUUACAGCAGGCAGCGAACGCAGCACAGAAACGUUAACCUCACCGUUAUAGUUCCACCGAAGGACGCUAUUAUACGAGACGAAACGGGCAAGCCUCUUCAUGGCGUGAUUGGACCUUACGACGAAGGGGCUCAGCUGGUACUUAUCUGCGACGCAGACGGGGGUCGACCUCCUCCGAACGUGACUUGGUGGAGUGGCUCGACGCUCAUCGACGACAGCUCCGCCCCUUCUCCCCUGGAGGUGGUGCGCAACGAGCUGACCAUUCCUCGCUUACAGCGGUCCGACCUCCUAAAGGUGCUCACCUGUCAGGCCAGCAACACCAACCUCACUGUUCCUAGGUCUUCUUCCGUCACCAUCAAUAUGAACCUCCGCCCCCUGGACGUCCGGAUCACAACCUUGAAGCGGCCCUUGUCCGCUGACCGGAAAGUGGAGCUCUCAUGCCAAUCCAGCGGCGGGCGUCCACCUCCGCAGAUCACGUGGUGGCUUGGGAAGAAGAAGCUGUCGUUCGUGAGGGACAAUGUCACCGUCAACGACAACUACACGACAUCGACCAUUGUUUUCGUGCCCAGUAUCGAUGACCACGGCAAGUACAUGGCCUGCCACGCCGACAACCCACUCCUCUCCGACAGCGGUCUCUCGGACGGGUGGACGCUCAACGUCCAGUACGUUCCGAGGCUGACGCUGUCCUUGGGCGCGAACAUGAAACACAAGGCGAUCCGCGAAGGCUCGGACGUGUACUUUGAGUGCAACAUUCAAGCUAACCCGAUGGUGAGUGAAGUGGGCUGGAAGUUUGAAGGCCGUCCCCUGUACAGCAACAUCAAGCAGGGCGUCAUCGUCAGCAACCAGUCACUGGUUCUGCAAAAGGUGCGCAAGGAGAGCCGCGGCCACUACCAAUGCGUCGCCGCAAACGUCGAGGGAGAAGGCGAGAGCGACCGCGUCCCACUGCGCGUCCACUAUGCGCCAGUGUGCAAAAAGCGCCAGAACAUCGUGUACGGCGUGGCUCGUGAUGAAGAGGCUGAGAUCUCGUGCGAAGUAGAGGCGGAUCCGGCCGAGCUGAGUUUCAAGUGGGCACUUAACAACUCCGUAGAGACAUUCGACGUCAAGACAUUCUCUCAAAACGGGACUAUGAGCGUCGCCACCUACAAACCCCGCUGGAAGCACAGCUACGGCGUGCUCCUCUGCUGGGCCGCCAACAACAUCGGAACGCAAAGGGAGCCCUGCGCCUUCCAUAUCAUCCCUGCAGCCGUGCCAUGGACAGGGCCUCCAGAACCGGUGAAGAACUGCCAGGUGAGCAACCAGUCGGUGACAGCGCUGACAGUGGAAUGCGAGCCCGGAGACCACGGAGGCCUUAAACAAACCUUCCACUUGGAAGUCUACAACUCCGUGCUGGAGCUGCUCCAGAAGAACACCAGUUCCACAGAGGGCGCUGCCUUCACCGUCCGGGACCUCUCGCCCGGCACUGCCUUCAUCCUGGUGCUCUAUGCUUCCAAUUCCAAAGGACGGAGCAACAGCGUAGCAAUACCCACCAACACGCUGCCCUCGCCCGAGCGGAGGACAGCCAACACGGAUAUCACAACUGUGAGUCCUGUGCUAGGUGUCUUGAUCGGCAUCGUGGGAGCCUUAGUGUUGGUGGCCAUCGUUAUCGUUGUCGUCAUGCGACUACGCGGAGACGAAAGACGAACCCCAGAUGAAAGUCCCGAAAAGGAUCAAAACCAGCAAUGUAAGAGCACCGACGACUUGAGCUUAACGGAUCUCAACAUGAAAGAUCCUUCCGUGAUACCCAAAAAUAGCGACUCGCAAGAAUAUCCUCGCGUAGCAGUCCGAAGAAUACCGGCUUACACGACACAUCGCACCUACGACAGUUUUUCGCCGAACGAUUACAACUACGAAAAUGUGACAUCGCUCCGAAGACCGUCCCCGGUAAAGCACAUGGACAAUGAGGUGCGGUACGCUGAACUGUCCUUGCCUCGCACGAAAUACCCCGUGCGGAUUCGUGAGCAGCCAACCGAGUACGCCCAGAUCGACUUCCAGCGGUCCGGAGUGCUGUUCAGCAACGUGGCACCACCGCCACCGCCUCCGGACCCCGAGGAGGACGACCCCUGUGCGGUCACCUCGGAGACGCCGCUCAUGAACAGUAUGCAACCCACAAGCCGGGUACAAAAUCCUAUGGAACAGUGCAGACAGCCCUACAGAACCAUGCAGUACUCUGCAGAGACUCGGGGUCCGAUUGCACCUCACUGACCAACAGGGAUCCACAGCAUCUAGGAGGCUCAACGAGUGAUCACAACACAAUAUCAACGCCUGUGUGACGUCGCUCUGCCAAACUGUAUUUUAAGUGUUCCUCGGUGAACCGCUGGGAACGGUACCAGCCGCACUGAGACAUAAGGACAAACGAAAUGCUCCUUCACGAGGUCCCUGUGAUUGUGUACAUAAGACAUAUUUCUCAUGUGACGUACGAAAUGCGUCGACAUGGCUCCAGAGACAGAGCCGUCUCGAGGACAACACCUAGUCACCUCUACGAGAGCACCAGCGAAGCUCACCACCAAACUGCAGAACCAGCAGCACAGCAAUGAGACAUUUUGAACCAGGCCAUCGCGAGCUACAGCCCGUCUUUCGCUACAUUAAUCACACUGGUGCGCCGGGAAGAGGAAACAUUCCUGGACAACAUUGACUUUUACCCAGAGACUCUUCGCUAGAAGCAUCGUCCCCAAUUCUUGGUGAACCGCGUGUUUUCAGGUCGGGAAGACAACAGUAGUCUACUGUCAACUGCUGUUUUACCAACGCGUUCACUCUUAUUUAAUUCGCAUUAUUUUUCAACAUCUUCACAUAAGUACUUCACAUGAACUUGAAGAAAGCUUUGACCUCUAAAAUAAACAAAUGAUUAAUACCA